GUGGGUGUAGGGUGGUGAUUGAGAGGCUCUGAAGUCGCCCUUAUCGCUCCCGACGCUCUGCGAGGGAGUGCCUUCUAUUUCGGUCGUGCCGUUGUGUUGGUGGACUGAGAUAGACGAGGAGGGCUCGGCACCCGCGCAGCGUGACCCCUGCAGCCGUCCACAAGGCCCUACGUAGACAGAGGCGAAGAUCCACCCCCCGCACCUCAUCAGCUGACGAUGCAGCGUGUCAUCUCCCUGACAGCUGGUCACUGAGUGAGUGGUGCUUUUGACUCUUCCCCCCUCUCGUCUAUCGGCCAGCGCUGCGUUGACGUCAUCAUGGAGCCGCGCUGCAUCGGCGAGCGGAUGUUUCGGCCACACCGCGCCCAGCAGCUGGGCGCUCGCAUGGACAACGCUGUUGCAGCGGGUGGUGCUUGUGGUGGUGGUGGUGGAGGUGGAGGUGUUGCUGCCCUGCCGCCGCUGGAUCAUCAUAAUAAUCACCAGGGCGGCAACUGCUGGGACCACCGGGCCCUCUCGGACAGCGCCUGCUCGCCCGACACCCACAGAGGCCACCCAACCUUCACCCCGGGGGCGGCAUCAGCAUCGGACCAGAACGGCUUCGCUCUGCCGUUCUUCCCCGGGGCACCCCUAGACGGCCACGGCCACGCUCAUCAUGGUCAUGGCCGCCAUAAUCACCAGCAGCAGCAGCAGCAGCACACACCAUCGCACCAGUACCAGCACGCACAGCAUGUGCAGCAGCAGCAGCAGCAGCAGCCUCAGCAGCCUCAGCUCCCGACGAUAGUGGUCAAGAGUGAGAGUGAGGUGCCUGACGCUGCCACUGCAACACACCAGCAGCAGCAGCAGCCGCACAAAGGGCAGUGGGAUGGGCUGGUAGAGGGCGGAGGGGAGUCGACGAGUGCCAGUGGGGCGGAGUGGACGCCCACCCCUGGUGCUGAGGGAGAGGGGGAGGGAGAGGGAGCGGGGGAGCGUGAGGGUGUCCAGGGGAAUGUUGGCGAGUCUGAGGUGGAGAAGGUGGAGAUCACACGGCCUGCAGACCUGCCACGAGACUGCAGUAAGCCAAGCCACAGAGAGACGAUGAAGUGAAGCGCCGUUCCGAAGUCCAUUCUUCAUUCGCCAUUUGUGUGUGUGUCUGUUGGUCUUGCCUUGCAGGUCUGCAUGUCCGAGCGCGUGAAGACUCCGACUUCCCCUUUGAGCUGGUGCUAGAGUACCCCCUGCCCGAGGGCGUUCCCCACAUCCCCAUCGCCGCCCCCCUCGAGCCACUGCCACCCAAUCGCACCUCGUGGGAGCCAGGGUACAUCCAGAUCGUCGCGGAGACCCUGUUCGUGCAGCUGCGGCAGGCCGUCCCCGCCGCAGUGGCACCCCACCGAGUGCAUGUCAAGACGGAGCCGACGGACGAUGGGAUGGGGGACGGGGGUAUGGUGGAUGAGGACCUGCAUGCGGGGUCCAACAACACCGACGAGGAGCCGGCACUGGCGGCGGCACCGCUGUCCCCUCAGCUGCCGAUGCCUGGCCACGGUGGCCACGGUGGGCACGGUCAGGCCCACGUCCAUGGCAAUGGUAACGCCCCCGCACGGACUGCGUCGGGGUCGUACGAUGGCGCUUUCGACCAUCACCGCCACCAUCAGGACAGGGAGGCGCCCCCUGCUGCUGCAGGUGGGGGUGCUGGGGGUGGUGGUAGUGAUGGUGCAGGUCCGCCAGUGGAGCCGGGUGUGUAUUGGGGCCGGUAUCUGCGAGGGCCGCCGAUGCCCGUGCGUGUGGUGGACCUGCGGUAUGCGACGGUGGGUUUGGGUGGUGAGUAUGGCGAUUGUAUGCCAGAGGUUUUGCCGAGCCAGGAUGCCGUCAGGAGAGGCCGAUGCGUCUACUGCUACAUUAGCGAAGACUAGUAAGCCACCGGACAGACAGACAGACGGACAAGCAAGAACAAAACCCACCACUGUGUGUGUCUCCGCAGCUACAAGCCCUUCGUCUUCACCUUUGAGAGCUUCAUAGAGCAUUACGCCGAGCACCAGCGGACAUUCCUCCACGAAGCCUCCUUCCCCCCCGAUGUCUUUGUCGAGGCCGCGCCGUCGCGCAUGGCGUGUCUGCAGGAGGCCCUGAGGCACUUCUGGCGCGGCGGGCAGGGGGCCUGCCUCAAGUGCGGCCAGGCGGAGAUGGUGAAGGGGCUCAGGGGGGAGGCCUUCUGCGGAAUGUGCGAUGGGUAACUUACUAAGGAGGAAGGAAUGGCAUACACAGAGCGUUCGUGGCAUGGAGGGGUGGUGGGGCAGGAGAGAUGUUUCGUUGUUGCGCUUUUGUUGCCUCCCUUCAUCAGGGAGGCCCCCAACGACAGCAUAGACGCCGCCCCACACCCACACUCUCACCCCCAGCCGCCUUCCAUGCUCAUGCGGCAGCCCCCGCGGCGCAGGUCCCGCCCCACCCACAACGCGCCCCAUCUCCCUUCACCACCCAACGCCCACACGCCCGGCAGCGGGAUCGCCAAGCGCAUCGGCACCUCCAAGCGAGGGCGGGAUGUCGGCGGCGAGGAUGGCGCGGGCAGCGGUCUGCAGAUCUUGGCGUGGCGGCCCUGGAGCGAGAGCGAGAUGGAGUACUAUGUCAAGAGAGAGGACGAGUGCUACCGGUGAGGCCGACCAUGAGAGGAACGAACAGAGAGAGGGAGAAGAGAGGAGAGAAAUGCAUUCAUUGUGUCAAUCGAUCAUUUGUGUGGUCUGUGUGUGGUGUGGUGUGGUGUAGGGAUGUGCGCUGGUGUCGUGAGAGCUGGCUGUGCCACCACCCCGGCGCCCACGACCAGAUCGCCGCCUUCCGUCGCAAGAUGGAGAGCAUGGCCAUGCACACACACUCCCAGAACACAUUCGGACCCACAGGUAAGGAAUCCUUCCCCCUCUCCCCCUCCCCUCCAGGGCCCCUCCAUCCAUCCAUCCAUCUGUCUGUCUGUCUGUCUUUGUCUGUCUGUCUCUGCAGCCAAGACGGAGGCCACAUUCACUCUGUACAAGCGUGUGGAUCGUGUCCUUGCCAGCCGGCAGGUGGGCAGCUGUUUCGGCCACCACCAGCACCACCACCAGCACCAGCAGCACCAGGGGCAGAACGUGCAGUACCUGGUCAAGUGGCGCCACCUGCCCUACUCCGAAUGCACGUGGCAUCACGCCGCGUCGCUCAACCAUCCUGACGACCAAGCCGCCAUCUCACGGUGGGUGAACAAUCCUUGAAAUCCUCCCCCCCUCUCUCUCUCUCGGUUCACAUCCGUCCCCCUCCCUCCCCAUGUGUAUGUGUGUUGGCAGGCACGAGCACUUCAACUCUCGUCGUUCGGUGUGGUCGUUCCACGAGUUUGCGCAGGAGGUGGUGGGCGAGGACCGGUGGCAGGAGACGUGGCUGGCCGUCAAGGCCAAGUCCGAGCAGCACGCGCCCCUCUCACUCGUGCGCAGCCCAGAGCAGGCCGACAACUGCCCGCUGUGGCUGGAGGCCACGGCGCAGAAACUCUUCCGCGACGGCACGUACUUCCCUGCCAUGGUAACUCUCACAGAUACACACACGUAUACGCACAGAGAGAAAGAAAGAAAGAAAGAAAGAAAGAGAGAUGGGUGGGAGGAGAGGGACGAGGGUGGGAUGUCCGUCGUGUGUUUUCCUGCAGUUUGACCCCUCUGUGGGCGAUUUCCACGCUGCGAUUCGGGAGGACGGCUUAACGCAUGGCAUCGUCGAGUACGACCGGCUGCACCGCCACCAGGUGGAGGGACUCCGGUCGAUGCUGCACCAGGCCACCCAGCACAAAGGCACACUCGUGCAGUUCGACCAGCCCGGGAUGGGCCGCAAAGCUAUGGUCAGUGAGCAGGGGAGUGGUCGAGGGCGAGGGAGAGAGAGACAAGGCGCAUCGUGGUGUGUGUAUGUCUGGACCGCCCUCCCUCCCUCCCUCCCUCUCUGCGUGUGUGUUGUGUGUGUGUCUCGGUGUAGGUGGUUGUGACGAUGGAGCAUCUUCUGGAGCAUCGGCGCCGCAGCGACGGGCGUGCUGCACAUGGGCUGGUGGUGGCCCCGCACACCUCCCUCGACGGAUGGUGCCGCGAGUUCCAGAAAUGGACGCCACACCUUAACGCCGUCACAUUUGCCGGUAGAUAAACACACCACCACACACCUUUCCCACAGCCCAAUUCCCCUCCCACACGCACUCUCCCUCUCCCUCUGUGUCUGUGGGGGUGUCCAUAGGCACAUCGGCUGACCUGUCGGCGAUCGCCAGGUACGAGCUGCAGUGGACGCACCCCUUCCUUGGCCCCUCCAAACGCGCCAGGACGUCCCAUGCCCGGGCCGGCCUGGAGGGUCUGCAGAAGGCGGUCAAGGCUGACGUGGUGGUGUGUUCCCCGGAGAGUCUGGACAGCGACGAGUUUGCGAUGCACCUGGGGGGCGGCAGGGUGGACUUCGCCGUGUGUGUGGUCGAUGGACAUGGGGCAUGGAAGGUAGACAUGGAGAGAGAGACGUAUAUGCUAUGGAGAGAGACAGAGAGUCUGCAAUGAGAAUGUGUGUGUGGGGUUUCUGUCUGUCUGUCUGUCUGUCUGCAGGAGGGUGAGCGACUGGACGUCCUGUGUCGGCCGCUCCAGCAGGUCGUCCCGACGGCAAGCAGCACCAACAUCCUCAUCGCCCACCCCCAACACGACCCCCUCAACACCAUCACCACCGCCACGCCUGAGGAGGUCUUCGCGACACUCGCCUUCAUCGACCCCCACACAUACACCUACCAGAGCAACCACAGCAGCAGCGGCAGCACCGGCUGGAGCGGCCCGGGGGGGCAGCCGCUGCUGGACCCCCACACACAUGAGGGGUUCAUGCAGCAGUAUGGCGAGUUCCACCAGUAUCCGUAAGCAGCUGAGCACUGAGGACGGAUGGAUGAAUGGAUGGAUGGAUGGAUGGCGCGUGUGUGCGUGCGUGUCUGAAGGGACUUAGCGAGCCGCGUGCAGGAGGCCUUGCUGUCCUACGCGUUCAAACGGUCGGUACCCUCACAAUCCCACACAAUCGGUGCUUCAUGUGUGUGUGUGUGUGUGUGUGUGCCUGUGUGGGUGAUGUGGUGUGUGGCAGUGAGCUGUCGCGUGUUUCGCGCCACCUGCCGGCCCAGCGUGUGCACGAAAUGGUGGUGCCCAUGACCGUGGCACAGAAGAGGGCCUACGCAGCAGUCUACCAGAUGUAUGCAGCACACAUACAGCACACGCAGCACUUACCAAGGGGCGCGCAAGAGGAGCUAGCUCUUCUCCGUGCUUCGUGUGCAGGUAUGGCCAUGAGUCGACUCAGCCCAACUGGCAGAACCAUCUCGCCACCAAGGUGAAGUGUGUCAGCAAGGCCAGAGCAGCAACACACGGCGGGAGCUUUAUCCCACUCUCUCUCUCUGUGUGUGUGUGUGUGUGUAUGGGCAGCUGCGCGAGUGCUGCAACCACCCGCUGCAGAUGGGCAUCGAGAGCAUCAGCUCGGCCAUGAGACAGGGCGACAUCCACCCCUCACUCAGACGCAGAGGUCACACACACACACACACACACACACGACACGCGACCGGCCACAAUCUGUGUGUGGUGUGUGGUGCUUUCCUGACUGCAGCUGGCGAGUCCGAGGAGUCUCAGGAGGGCCGAGUGCUGCUGGAGACCUCCGGCAAGCUUGCCUUCCUCGGCAGGCUGCUGCCCGCGCUCAAACUGCAGAAGCGCAAAGUCAUCCUCCUGUCGCAAUUUGCCGAGGUCAGCCUGUCUGUCUGUCCUACUCAACGGCUGCACGGUGUGUGUGGAGUGUGGCGUGGUGUGGUGUGUGCAGACCUUGUCGCUACUCGAGGGUGGUGUGCUCAGCCCCAAAGGCUUUUACUGGGAGCGCCUUGACGUGCUCAUGGCACCAGAGGAGCGGCAGAUGGCCAUAAACCGGUGUGUCAGUGGGGAGCAUGGCAGCACAGACAGACAGAGAGAGAGAGAGAGAGAGAGGGAGGGGAGGGGCGUGUGGGCAUCCAUCCAUCCAUCCUCCAUCCAUCCAUCCAUGUGUGUGCGUGAUUGUUGUCCGAAAGGUUCAACGAGACUGACGAGACCUUCCUGCUGCUGUCGACCUUCGAAGCGGGUGCACACGGGGUGGACAUCACCCCCGCCACGACCAUCAUACAUAUGGACCCCCCUGACUCCAUCAUCGGCCGCCCAUGCGUACGCAGCACAGCACAAUGGCUGGCCAUUUCCCCUUCACUGCAUCCAUGUCAUGUGUGUGUUGUUGUGUUCGCUCAUCGUCCAUGUCAUUAGGUGGGUGUCCGGUGUGAGUGCGUGGCGCAGACCCGCGAAGUUACCGUGUACCAGCUGGUGGCAAAGGGCAGCUACGAGGCCAAGAUGCUGCGCAUCGCCGCCAACGCCGCCAGGGAGGGGCACGAGAUGCUCCUGGCAGGGGACAUCCGCCAGAUGGUCAACGAGGGCAUCCUCGUCGCCCUCACAGGUACCCUUUCCCCCGCCCCUCUCUCUCUCUCUGCGUGUUGUGUGUGCUUGAUGUGGUGUGGUGUGGUGUGAUGUGGUCUGUGUGCAGAUGACCAGACGAUAGAGCGGGAGGACAGGGCGUUCGGGCGGGCCUCUGUGCAGACCAUUCUCCAGGGGCGUUUCGGCCAGCAGCAGACGGACGGCAGCAACGAAGACGACUCAUGCUGGGAGCUGGGUGCGCAGGGAGAGAGGGAGGGUGUGUUGUUGGUCGGCAGGUCAUGCCGUCUGUCUGUGUGUCUGUCUGUGUCUGCACCUCCAGGCAAUAGUCGUGACCCAGCCUUUCUGCCGCGCGCCACUCUGGCGCUGGAGCAGUUCAACCCAUCCCUCUCCAUCAGCAGAUGUGUGCCGUCCUUCAGGUAGCCCCCACACACCGCUCACUGCCCUCACACACAGGCCAUUCAUUCAUCACCUCUCUUUCUGCCGUCCUCUGGCUCUCUCUCCACACACAGCCGCGAGGAGCGUCGCAGUCACGUGCCCGGCCUGCUGCCCCCUCCCCCUCCCCACUCCCACACACCCCACUACCCCUACACAGCCCCGCCACCACCAGCCCCCCACGCCCCUCUCACCCACACACCUCCCCCUGGGCGCAACUGCCCCCAAGGCGGCCGCAAUCGUCGCUCUCGCCGCCAGCAGCAUUUGGUCACCGUCAAGACCGAAGUCGGCCUGACAGAGCCGAGUGAGGCACCUGCGGCCGCACCUGCUGGACCUCCUGCCGCUACUCCUGCUGCGGGUCCGUCUGUGGGUCCGUCUGCACAGCAGCAGCAGUAUCAGUACGGUGAGGUGUGGGAGGAGGUGGACGGGGUGCUCAUGCCCAGGUUGGGGCUGGUGCCCGCUGACCCAGAGCCACUCGUGGUCGACGACGAUGAGCCACAGCACCACCAAGAGCACCAUGAAAACAUGCAGCCGCCGCCGCAGCAGCAGCAGCAGUAUCAGCAGCAACAUCAGCAUGAGAUGCAGCAGCAGGUGCCAUGUGAGGAGAUGAACGUGAUGUCGGUCAAGCAGGAGGGGGCCGGAUGAGAGCACUGAUGUGGGUUUUCUGAAGCGUGGUGGUGCACGUGACGUGUAUCUGUAGACGCCCCAGACAGAUGCCGGUCGGUCUGGUCUGGCGGCGGUUUUGCAAUUAAAGGGGAGGGAGGGGCCAGGGAAGGGGGGAGGGGGAGGGGCGAGGUGUGCGAGCCGACACUGUGUGUGUGUGUCUGGUGGGUCGGUUGGUGCAUGCUGUCUGACAGGUUUAUAUCCACGAUAUUGGUUGCUUCGUUUUUCUUUGGCCGCUUGUCUGUCUGUCUGUCUGGCCGAUCGGAUUGGUCCUCCGGCGGUAUGCGUAUUCUGCAUACACACAACACAACACAACACAACACACACCCGGCGAUGUGGUGCUGGGCUGCCUGGCUGGCUGGCGCGCAUUUUUGCUGUCUGCGGAUAUAUAUCACUUCUAACUUUUUGGUGCUUUCUGUUAGUUGACGUGUGAAGGGUUAUCCAGACAGACAGGCAGGCAGGCAGAGGACAGACAGCCCACACAGCUCACAGCUCGAUGGAUGAUGCUGCUGCUUGUCGGGUCCUCACAUGCAAUUGGUGCCUGCCUUGCCUCGUGGCUUUGAACACGCGUGUGUGUGCGUGUGCGUGUCUGUCUGUCUGUCGGUCUGUGAGAGACGGUCUUCGCUUCGCCCUUCAUGCCAUCCAUCCAUCCAUCCAUCAUGUUUCUCGCCUGAAGCUCCAUGACUCGCCAUCCCAUCCGCCAUAUGAUCCAUGCCACGUGUGCUUUAUCUUCCUGUCUGUCUGCCUAGCUGUGGGUCCGCACACACGUCGGUGUGGACCUGCCGCACGCACGUGUGUGCCUCCUUUCGGGCGGGGAGCUGUAUACAAGAGAGAGGAGAGUGAGAGAGAGGCUCCCAUGGUGCUCCUGCACCUCGACUUUGCUGUCUGCCUCUGUCUCCCCCGUGUGUGUCUCCUUUUCCUCCGAUUGUUUGUCAGUCACUUAUCGUAAUUAACUCUCAUGAAAGAAGGUGGUCGCAGCGCUGAUUCGGUGGAGUGCGUGGCAUGGGCCGGGUGGACUGCGUGCGGUCACGAUCGAUGAUAUGAUGAGUGUGUGAAGUGAACUUGUGCGUGUGGCAGUUACAUUACGUGACAUGGAUGGGACGCGAUGCGUGUGCGCUCUCUGGUGGCUGCACUGCACAGAUAUCAGCUGUAAAGGUAGGGAGUGAGUGCAUUCGUUCGGUGUGGUGUGCGAUCGGACGUCGUUCAAAGCCUAAAACAUACACAAGCA